AUGAGCAAAAAUUUAUCAAAUAUGGCAGAAAGAUAUUAAGGUGAAUCAGGUGUAUUCACUUCUUUAGAUAAUAAUGAUGGAGAUGGUCCUUUAAAGUCUGUCGAUGGAUGGUUGCUAUUUGUUACUGGCCUCCAUGAGGAAACUACUGAUGACUAAAUAUAUGAUGCCUUUGGAGAAUUCGGUGAAAUUAAAAACUGUCACUUGAAUUUAGAUAGAAGAUCAGGAUAUGUUAAGGGUUAUGCAUUAGUUUAAUAUGAAAAUCUUUAACAUGCAUAAGACGCAAUAAAGGGACUUAAUGGAACUACCAUUUUAGAUAGAUAAAUUACAGUUGACUGGGCUUUUAAGAGACCUGUAAAAAAUAGCGGAAGAAAGUGA